AUGGCCGAAGUUUUAGAUAGAUUGAAAACCUCAAAAGAUGAUCAACGCUUUCCGAGGCAAAAACCAAACGCACUUUAUGAUAGGCUUACGAAAAAUCUCAAUAAAUCGAGCCCCCAACCAACAUUUGCAACAAGCAAGCUACCGAAGAUCGUGAAACCACCUGCGUCGUAUGCCUCCGAUAAAAACAUAACAAGAACAAAAGUAAAAGUAGAUGCAGGAGACAAUUUUGCUGGGACCAGUAAGCGCACGGGCUCACAGAAAUCCAACAAAAAUGACAAACUCGAAAAAUCAAAACCAAGUCAUAUACCGCGACGACUACAAGAAGCAACGGCUAAAAGGAAUUCAAUAAACACAGAAGACAUCCCUAGUUUUGAGCAAACCGAAGAGAAAACACUCGCUGAAAUUAAAAACAUUCAAAGGGUUCAACUUUUGAUCAAUACAGAUCUUUGCGAAGAAGACGAACGAACGAAUCUCUUUGUACCGGCUAGGCCUAUACCUACUUUGGGACAGAUUUAUGGAGCAAACAACGUGAUUGAUAACGAUCUGUUGGACGACUGGCUUAUAUCAAUAGGACCUCCUGUGAAUUCAUUAGAAGCUAGUCUCAGAAGUAUAAAUCUUCCAACUACAGUGGAUGCUGGAAAUACGAACAUGUGUGGAGCAGACGAGCAAGAUAUAUCAAACAAUAAUAGAACUUCCUCGCGCAGGCGAACUGGCGUAAGAACACAAGAUGAUUUCACCGACUUGACGAAUUUGGAAGUGGAAUAUCCCACUAGAGAUUAUGAAUCUGCUGUAAUUGCAGUUAGUAAGCAAUCCCCUAUAGAAGCAAAAUCAACACGUAGUGAAAGGAUUACACCAGUAACUGUAGAACAAAAAUUUAGAUUAUCCAUUGAAGAUGAAAUCAAAAUACCAAAAGAAAACGUAAAAAAUAUGCUAGUCAAAGAAAAUCAAGUCACGGCUGAUUCGUAUAUUGAGCAUCCUUCGGAGUUGCUUCAGAAGACUACCACAUUCAGUAAAGAAGGUUGCGAAUCGACGAGAACCCUAAGCAGUAUCGGAACAGAUUUAGCUGACGAUUUAUCAAGUCGAUAUACUUUAGAACAUGCGGAGGAUGUUCUAGAUGAACAUUCUCUAGACGAUUGGGAUGCAAAUGGUAAAGAGAAGAAUUUCAUUUUGAUGAAGACGAAAGGCUGUCUAGGUACUGAAGUGCUAUCUGAAUAUUGGCAAUAUCAAUGGGAAAAAGAAUUCAGUGGAGUUAGCUUAAUGCCGAAUUCAGAGAGCUCUCGUACCUAUCGCUGUUAUAAAUGCGGUCAACAAAUUAGGCGGAAGAGAUGUGGAAAAAAACAGGACAAUGACAAUCGGAAACGAUGCAAGAAGUGUGACAGCAGCAAACUGUUGCUGAGUGGCCCAGUCAAACUUUCUAGCCGUUUCGACUCCAUAAGAAAGCAAAUUUCAAUACGCUUUUGUAGAAAGAGAUGGAAUCACGUCUGGAAAAAGACGGCUGAGAGAUGGGCAUUGUGGUCCAAAUCGCCAACAAAAUCUAACCGAGCUCGACUGGCUCAAUACUUGCAGCGUUCAAUCGUUUGGGAAAACGCCGAUGUGCAGACAACAAUACAAUGCAAAGAAAUCGGUAUCGAAGCGUUUGUAAAGAAAGUUUCUGAGGCGAUCAGCGCUGUCGUGAAAUGUGGCGACAAAUCGACCGAACACAUAGGAUCUACAUACGAAAAUCUGAAGAGCGUGGCACGUGAUAAUAGAUCAAGAAUUAACUUGGGACCUUCUAUGUUUCCAUUCCUCGGUGCAUCGAUAAAUUCUCUGCAUUUAGAGCGCAUCAAACAGCGUCACAAUUUACAUUAUCCAAGCGCUCCCGAUACUAGAAUCAAACAACAAAUUUCUCAGGUUGAUGCUAUUUACGACGUGGUCCGCAGUGAUCAAAAUAUAAAGCACAAGGAUAACGCAAUGAGUUCUGAUUGUUUAGAAACGACGACAUCCAAAGAAGAGAAUUUCCACAAUUACAUUAUUUGCGAAAACACAGAAGCGGACCUUAGAUUCAGUCCCAAAUCACCGACGCAAUCCAGUAUGGAUAUCACAACAAGCGGCACUCCACUCGACAGAGCUUUUGGAAUCAACACCGAAUACUCUGUUGAUGCAAAAGCGAUUGUUUUACAAACUGCUUGCGUAAUGACAUCCCAUGAAGAACUAAAGAAUAAUGUCAAUGCAGAAACUCAGUUAAAAUUCCCGACCGCAAUUAAAAUAACAAGAGGCGUAACGACCACAAAGGAAAUUAACGAAACGCCUCUAGCUGUUGUUUCCGCAACCACGUCCGACUUUAAAGUCGAAAAAAUGAACGCAUCCGCACAAACCUCACACCCUCUUUCUGUCCUCACUUAUGCAGGCCCAAAACUCAUCUCGAUUUCGUCUGCAACAAUGCACACCGCUUCGGUUUCGACUUCAAUGAAGAACUUUUCAAAUAAAGAAAUCCAAACAUGUAACGACAAGACUAAUCGUGACUGCAAUACGUCAUCAUCACGACGAUUUGAGAAGAAAUGCACGGAAGCUUUCAAAGACGUCGAGCCAUUCUCAUCGACGCGCUUUUGUCAGAGUCGGCUUAUAUCUGCGUGUAUGCUGAAUCGAUCUCUGCACGAAACUGGCUUGCAAACUGCUCCAGAGUCGCAUGGACGCGGUAUAUUUGUUGAGAGUAGGAACAUUGCAACGCUAACAGCUACCGCUGGUACCUCCAGAUCAACACAGUAUCAAUUUUUCCCCGAUGAAUACGAUUCUUAUCAAGAUGAAUGUCCUUCGCAAACAUCUGAACGGGAAGUUCAAAGGAACGCGCGGAUAAAAGGCGGUUGCACACGAGAAAUUCUCGAAAGAAGCGCUCGAGAAAAAAUCAAUGAUCAAAUUGUGUCUCUAUCGAAAUUGAUUAGUAGAAAAAAAGCGAGCUCUCAGACGCAUCCUGACUGUCGCACAAGUAUGGUACUGUCCAGUGAUUUGAAUGCCGAAAAGUGGAUAAGAAGAGGCGCAGCUUUUGAGAAAGAAUACCCAACGUUUAUAAAGUGCAAUCAAUCGUUCACCAACGGUAAUGAAGCUCCAACAAAAUUGUCUGUUGAAAAUGUAAUAGACGAAACGGAUAACGAAAUUAAGAAGCGGGAUCUAAGCUAUGUGAUAACAACUGCACCGACGUUGGCAAUGUCGAGAGACAGCUUGGCCGAUGUCCUUCCUGUACAGGAUCUAGCAAGGAAAUCUCCGUCUCCAGCCGCAAAGGAACGAAUAUUAAUGGUUGAUGAAGUCACUUCAGAUGACACCAUAAAUAAAUCUGCAAAAGAUAUUGUCUUGCAAGCAAAACCAGAAGUCACAGAUGCGGAAACUCAGUUCGUGAAGAAAACUGAUUCCGCUUGUGUUUCGACGUCAAGAUGUGUUUUUGCUGGUUCUACGUGCUGUGAACGAAACGAUUGUCUAUUUGUUUAUCGCAAGCCACGCUGCGUUAUACAUGAUAAAUCCAAUGAUACCGGUGUUCAAAUCAACAUUUUAUCAGCAGAACAUUCGAAAGAAUCUCUUCCAAACCAUCGUUCAGUUGGCUUAGUGACUUCAAAUGUUAAUGAGACGGAUAACAGUUUGAGAUGGUCUGAAAGCCUCAAACGAAAUGUCCUUCCACCGAGAGUUUACAAAGCAUUGUAUGAGACAGCGAAAUUAAUCUGGAACGAGGAGCCAAACGAUUCGAGCGGUGAAACGAAAAAGAAACUAUCGACAAAAACAGUCGACGUUGCGUAUGAGUCAUCACUGAAGAAACGUGCACUGAAAACGCGAUCCGCUUGUGUUUACACUUCACUCAUCGAUCACUUCUUUAUGCAGAGGGAUUGUCUGGAUCACUCGACCGAUAUGCAAUCGAAUUUCAUCGUAAGACCUGCAAAGAAUAAGACAACACAAACAUGUUCCGAAUGCAAAGUGAAAAUUUUGAACGAUAAUAUUAAGUCUGCGCCAUCUAACGGAGCAUUUCCGUACGAAUUGCUGAAUGCGGUGUUCAUUGAAGCCUGCACUAUGAAGCCAAGCGGCCGCCGGGAAAUAGCCUGUCAGACCAACGAAAAAGCUGAAAGAUUGGACAAGAUUGCUUUACAAUGUAUUUUGUCGCCUGCACCUAGUUUGACUGACAUUUGUAAGAGCGACAAACAACAUUUGAAAGCGGUGUACAAUAUUUUGAGCGCCAUCGAAGGUAGAAUAAGGAGAAUGAGAGCAAAUUUAUAG